GAUUAUAGAGAACACGUAACAGAGCAAAAAAAAACACCCACAAUCACCACCCCCCAGCCACCCACACUCACAUUCCUGAAUCCUCCUACCGCCGGAAAGAGACACAACUCCCUCCCGCCCUCCUCUCACUGAGUGUCAGGCGCCGGGAGAGGGAGAGACGCACUCGGCUCUGCAACGCCAGCGGCAUCGGCGUCAUGGCUUCUUCCCACUACAACGCCGAUACCGGACUGGAAAUUAGAACCCGGUCCGUGGAGCAGACUCUCAUCCCCUUGGUCACCCAGAUUACAACACUUAUCAACCAUAAAGAAAAACCAAAGAAAUCUGAGAAAACUUGGCGUGCAAUUCAACGGGUUGGGCAAGCAGUGAGUUUGGCUGUUGGAAGAUUUGUCACUGUUGGGGAAGCCAUAGCGAGUGAAAAUGAAGAGUUAAAAGAAGAAAUGUACUUCGCCUGUCAGGAGGCACGGCGAGCAGGAGAGAGCAUUGCACAGUUGACUGACGUGGGCUCAUUUGACCAGCCAGAAUCAGAUGAAAGGGCAACAGUUUAUACAGAUAAAACUGGAAUGAUAAAAGCUGCACGAUUACUGCUGUCUUCUGUCACUAAAGUACUGGUGCUAGCAGACAAGGUAGUCAUAAAGCAAAUUAUUAACUCCAGAAGCAAGGUCCUUGCAACUUUGGAACAUCUGGAAAAAGUCAGUAGCUUUCAGGAGUUCGUACAGAUCUUCAGUCAAUUUGGAAAUGAGAUGGUAGAAUUUGCCCAUUUGACGGGAGACAGACAAAAUGACCUGAAGGAUGAAAAGAAGAAAGCGAGGAUGGCAGCUGCCAGGGCAGUACUAGAAAAGUGUACAAUGAUGCUUCUUACAGCCUCAAAGACUUGUCUUCGGCAUCCAGAUUGUGAAUCAGCACGAAUAAACAAAGGAGGUGUCUUUCAUCGUAUGAGGUUGGCCUUAGACCAGGUGAUAGAAAUUGUCACAGAUUCAAGACCAAAUGGUGAAAAUGAAAUCCAUCCCACAAGUAUCUACGCUGACAUCAAGGAAUUUAAAAUGAAGGUUGAAAGUUUACGAGACAAUUUACAUGGAAUUGCUAAGGAAAACCUCACAGCGAUGCUUGAACUAAUCUUGGAACAUACAGAGGACUUCACAGAUUCUGCAUAUACAAGCCAUGAACAUCGAGAACAUAUACUGGAACUGUCCAGGCAGGCCCGAGUGGAGUUGGAACAGCUGGUUGCUGUGUGGAAACAAGCACAAUGUCUGAAAGCCAAAGAAGCUACAGAAGAAAUGGAGCUGGCCAUUAUUAAGACAAGACAGUGUAUGAGUGAACUGAGGAGAGAGCUUCAAAAUACAGCUUUGGAGUCAGCAGGAGAGCUUCUGAAAUGUUACACAGAGCACGUUGUCCUCAAAGAAUUGAAGGCCUCUGGGGUUGAAGGAAAUUUGGAGGCGCUGGCUGAAAGUACCAGCAAACUGUCUGAGCAAAAGGAACAGCUCUCUGAGACUUCUCGAUUGCUGCGACACAUUUCAGGAAAUGAACCCUUGGAAAUUACUUGUUUACAUGCAGAAGAAACGUUUCAAGUCAUUGGUCCACAGAUCAUUUCAGCUGCACAGACCUUGGCUCUUCACCCUUCUAGUAAGAUUGCCAAGGAGAAUCUAGAAGUCUUUUGUGAGGCCUGGGAGUCACAACUGAAUGAUAUGUCCAUCCUGCUGAAAGAAAUUAAUGAUGUGUUUGAAGGCCGAAGAGGAGAGAAGCGUGCAUACCUUUCACUACCUAGACCAGGGAAGCACACGGCAAAUCUGAAGGUAGUUAAAGCAGUCAAACUAGAUGCUGAGGAGCAGGCAAAGAUAGCAAAAUUAGGGUUGGAACUGCGUUUACACACAUCAGAUGUAGAUGCAGAAACAGAAAGAUGGGAGGACCAAGAAAAUGAGAUUCUUCGGCAGGCUCAGAGUAUGUCCAGUAUGGCGUAUUCCAUGUAUCUUUUCACAAGAGGGGAAGGCCUUUUGAAAACCACACAGGAUUUGUUUCACCAAGCUGAAAUAUUUGCUGAAGAAGGUCUCAGACUGCACUCAUCUCUUCAUGCGUUCUCAAAUCAGUUGGAAGAGGAUGAAAAAUCAUCUUUGUUGAUGGAAGCUGAGAGAUUUCCUACCUUAUGCCAGCAACUGCAAAUGACCUGCAGAACUCCAGUUCAUGGCAAAGCUGCCACUUUUACUAAGGUUGACACUUCCAUUCAGGAGACUAUAAACAUGAUGACUGUGUUGAUGAAGGUUCUUUCACUUUGUUACAAACUGUUAAAAAAGUAUAAAGUAGAUCACACAUUUCUGGGCACACCCCACAGCUGGAGAGGUAACCAAAUGCAGACGGUUGCAAAUGGCGAGAGCUUAGAGGCAAAGAACACAGAUACAUUUGGAGUGAAAUCUCUGGAAAGGCACAUGGCAAAUUUGACAUACUUAGAGAGCAAAUAAAGGGGGAAAUUCUAGAGUAGUUGCAACGCAAUACAUUGUCAGAUGUACUGUAAAGUCUGUUAGUUCAUAGUACACAGUAAUUAAUGUCUGACAUUUAUAGUACUUAUAGAUAUAAAUAGCAGCAAUGUGCCCACCAUGAUUUGAAUGUUUAAGAUCUACAACAAUUAUUUUUCCCCCAACUCUACUAAUUUAAAUAAUAUUAAGAAAAUAGGUAAUUUGGUUAGUUAUCUUCUCUGAAAUGUAUUAAUGCUGGGUUUUUGUUUUAGCCUGCUAAUGUCUAAACCUUUUCUGUGAAUGUCUUACUGAUGUGAUUAAUCCUUUGAUGCUGCUAGGAUCAUAAAUGUGCAAAAACCAAAUUGGAUACAACAGCAUAUGUUACUGUUGUGUAAGGUAAUUAAACCAAAUUAUAAUAUUUGCAGGCAGGUUAUUGUAGUAUACUUUCAUUUGGGUACAUUGAAAUCAAACAAGUUUUUACCACUGUUGUUUCUGCUGCUGCUAAAUGUAAAUUUCCUAGGAAGAUCCAGUGUACUUCCUAGUAAAACUUGCCCAAACAUAAUUGGAUUUUUCAAAUUUUCUUUGGUUCCAAUCUCAUUUGUUUCCUCCCCACCGCAUCAAAAUAAAUUUUUUCAUAAUGCUUGAUAAGUUAAAAUCUACUUGUACAUCAAGCAGAUCGCAAGUUUUAAACAGAUAGCUUUUAUCUUCUUCCCUUUGAAUCUCCUCUUCCCACAUGAACUCUGUACCUAAUUUCACUUUUUCUAGUGAUGUUGAUACUGCAGUGCAGUGGGGUUAGAAUGUGAUGUAUGCAUUGCUGGAAAUAUUUAGUAAAGUACUUGGACUGAAUUUGUAUUACCUGUAAAGGCAGUUUUUUAAACAUUUCUCUAACAAUUAACAUGAAAAAUUAUAUUUUUUAAAAUAAAAUUCUAAUUCAUUAAUCAUCAUUACUUUGCGUAUUGUUUAAUGAUCUUCACAUGCAUAUGUGUCAUGUAAUAGAUUUUUUAAAAAUCUGUUUCUAUCUCAUGUCAUGACCACCAAUAAGCUUUGCUUCAAUGAUUAUAUAUUUAUCUCAAACUUGAAAUACUAAAUAAUUUAUCUUUUAGAUUUACAGUACUGAUAUUUUCAGAAUGUCACAAUUGUUCCAAUUUUACUGUAGUCAUAGUAAAGCAGCUUACAUGAAAAAUAGCUAUUUUUGAUCUUACUUACCUAUUGUAACUUGUAAUAGAACUUUUCCCUCACUCCACAGGUGCUGCAUGAGCUGGUGAUUAUUUUCAGCAAUUUUAGUUUUCAAAAACUAGAAUUACAUCAGCUGCAAAAUGUUUUAAGGUUACUCAAUGCAAUUUAAGUUACAGUUUGACACAUGGAAUAAUCAUCAUAAAAAUACAUCUCCUUUGUCAGUGAAAACUUUCAGCUCUCUAUGCACAUCAAAAUUACUUGUUCACACUAGUACCAAGAAGUUGAGGAAUUGUUACCAGUUUCCCUUAGUCCUACUAAAUAAAUGACUCAAAGAGUUUUUUGGAAGUUUUGGAAUUUAAUGCUUGCCCAUCAACCAAUCUACAGCCACCCGAGGAUCCACCAAUAGACAACCAUUUAGCAGAACGUCUUACUCAAGUAUUGACACCACAAUUCAUCAACCUUUAAAUUAAGUAACUGUUUGAAAAAGUAAUGCCAAACCGUUCAUGAAAUUCUUGCCAGUUUUUAUUGCUCUUAUUCCACUUUACAUUUUAAAAAUAUUAUUCAGCAUUAAUCACAUCCCAAUGCAAAGACAAUUAGUUUCUCAUGAAGUAAAGAUUAAUUAUGAUCAACCAGCAAUUCCUAUUUUUUGGGACAUCCCAAUCUCCAUCAGGAACAGUUUUUUUUAAAAAGUCCAACACUGAAAAAACAGCAUUUAAAAUGAAUUUUAUUUCUACAUUGUUUCAGAACCUGCUGAUUGUUCAGGUGCUUUGAUAAAUAAUGAAGAUGUUGGCCCAUUAUAUUUCUCCAAAUUGCAUAAUUUUUGUGCAACGAAUACAACAGUAAAACGGGCACUCAGUGUAACUGGGAUUCUACAUUAGCUUGUGUCCAUUCGUUAAUCUGGGUAAAUAUUAUAGAUUUCAUCCUACUAACAAAAUCCUGCACUGUUGCAAUGAAGAUCCAUGUUUGUUUGAGGAACAGCACCUCAUCUUCCAUCUUGGCAUACGCUAGCCUUUCGGUCUUAAUGUUCGAUUCAACAACUUCAGGUAACUAUUUCUCUGUUUCUAACAGUCUGUGACAUCCAUACCUGUUGUAACUUGUACUGGAAUUUAUCCCUCACUCCACAGGUGCUGCAUGAACUGGCGAUUAUUUUCAGCAUUUUCUAUUUUUAAAAAACUAGAAUUACAUCAGCUACAAAAUGUUUUAAGGAUACAAGGGAAAGACCUGAUUACUCAAUGCAGUUUAAGUUAGUUAGAUACAUGGAAUAGUCAUCAUACAAAUACAUCUCCUUUGUCAGUGAAGACUCUGUUUCUAUUAGUCUGUGAUAUCAGGUCAGCUUUUCUUCCUUAGAAUAUAGAGGACGUGCCCUGCCUGAGCUUCGGGGCAGAUCUUCCAGCUCUGCGUUUCACAAAGUUUAACAUUCUUAACUGCUCUCAUUCACUUACUGACCAGCUCACAUGUUUACAGCUUAUCCCCCAUGGUCAAAGACCAGUAAUUGUGAAGGAGGAGAAACAAUAUUAAUUGCGUAUAAAAUGUUCCUGCAUGUUUGCAGGUGGAUUAACCAUAUACAUGCACAAUCCUGUCAUAUUUUGAGACAUAAGGGUUAAAUACGCCUUUGGUUUGUCUCCAAGUCCAGGCUGAGGGGUGUAGUUCCAUGUUUUUCCUCCCCACUAGCUCUGUAGAUACUUUGCCCAGGCAUGAUUGGGGUUAAGGAUGUUGGUGGACCUGGCAAAUGAUUUGUAAUCUGUUCCUAUUGGCCUCAAGAUGGUAUUGGCUUUUGUAUGAAGCCAUUCCACUGACUGUUUUGUAAACAAUAUCAGAGAAUCAUUAAAGUUAAUGUUGCACUGGAGUGGAUGGGUAGACUGGGCAAAGAGGCCAGGGGCUUCUCAAAUGUCAUCAGUGAACUUAGGUGGGUUUAUUUUACAUGUUCAAAGCUUUCCUUUAAAAGAAACUGGAGUCAAAGGCACAUCACCUUUACAAUACUAAACUGAAUAACACCAAAGUAAAAAAGGAUCAUGAUAAUAAAUAAUUGAUACAUACCUAUUGAUAGUUUUGCAGCAUUGUCUAUUAAGAAAACAAGCACAACUGGCUGAACUAUGUCAUUAAAUCCUGAGCAGCCCAGAUGGACUGUCCUAUUAACUGUAUUACAACCAAGGUUUGUUAAUCCAGAUAUAGAGUGGUGCUCUACGAGCAGGUUUUACACACCACCUAAUAGAUGACAUGGUAGCAUAACAGUUAGUGUAGACAAGGUAAGACGAGGAAACACACAUCAGUCCUCAGAAGGAUCAGAAGUGAACAGUUCAAGUUGCCAGGUGUCAAUAUCUGAGGACCUAUCCGAGGACCAACAUCUCGAUGCAGUUACAAAGAAAGCACAACAACGGAUACAUUUCACUAGGAGUUUGAGGAGAUUCGCUAUGUCACCAAAGCCACUUGCAAACUUCUGCAGAUGUACGACGGAGAGCAUUCUAACUGGCUGCAUCACUGUCAGGGUUGGGAGAGGUGCAGAGAAACACUGCACAGGAUCCAAAAUAAGCUGUUCAAAGUUGUAAUCUCAAUCACCUCCAUCAUGGGCACUAGCCUCCCCAACAACCAGGACAUCUCCAAGAAAGGAUACCUUAAAAAGGCCCCCCUUUGCCCAGGACAUGCCCCAUUUUCAUUGCUACCAUCAGAGAAGAGAU